UCUUCCUCGUCCUUAAGGGUAAACCGAAGUGGCUCAUCCUUGAGGUUGGAUCCCUCCCAUCUUGUCUCGGAUAAGGCUUUUUUCCCCAUGUUAAAAGAAAAGGUUUUUCGCAUUUCAACAGCGAUAUUGAUCACCUGAGUUUCAGGUUUUUUUAAACGUUAAAUUGAAAGUCAUAUUAGAAAAUAUUGAAAAGAAAUGAGCAGUUUUGAAAAGAUAAGGGUUCUUGAUUGAAGAGAAAUCAGAAUAGUAAUGGAUGUGAAAUUCAGCAUGUCAAAUUUGAUUUAAGCAGUUACUGGGAGAUGGAGAAAAACUUAACUGCUUUUUUCUGUUGCAAACAGAAGACUGAAAUUGAAUGUCAGGUUUUACAUUAUUCUUUGGGGGUUGUAGGGACCGUGGUGGGCAGUAGAAUAAUUGAAAGUAUUACCACAUUAUGAUUGUGUGGCAUAUAAGACUGUUACGAUUGAAAAAUUGUGUUUUAUCAGAUUAAUAGACUUAUGCAGGACUCCUCGCUACAUAUAGAAGAGCUCCUGAACCAUUCAAGGUGGCAUCCCUCAAAAUAUGUCUUACCCUGAAAGGGAGGAAAAAAAAGAGUGGACACUAGGUUUAGCAAUUUUGAGAGAAUGCUAUGGUGAACUAAAUGGUAAUGCUGGAGAAAGAGAAAUAUCUUUAAAGAGUCUGGGUUCUGAUGAAGCUACCAACCCUAUUUCCAGGGUCCUCAAUGGCAACCAGCAAGUUGUAGACCCUAGCCUGAAGCAGACUGUAAAGGCCAGCACCUUUGGGAAAGCAGGAAUUAAAACCAAGAAUUUCAUUCAGAAAAACAGUAUGGACAAAAAGAAUGGGAAGUCUUAUGAAAACAAAUCUGGAGAGAACCAGUCUGUAGAUAAAAGUGAUACUGUAGCAAUUCCAAAUGGUGUUGUAACAAAUAAUUCAGGCUAUAUUGCUAAUGGUUAUAUGGGCAAAGGAGCAGAUAAUGAUGGUAGUGGAUCAGAGAGCGGAUAUACCACUCCUAAGAAAAGAAAAGCUAGGCGCAAUAGUGCCAAGGGUUGUGAAAACCUUAAUUUAGUGCAGGAAAAAAUAAUGCAACAAGAGACCAGUGUCCCAACCUUAAAACAGGGACUUGAAACUUUCAAGCCUGACUAUAGUGAACAAAAGGGAAACCGAGUAGAUGGUUCCAAGCCUGUUUGGAAAUAUGAACCUGGGCCUGGAGGAACAAGUCGAGGAAAACCUGCCGUGGGUGAUGUGCUUCGGAAAAGCUCAGAUAUAAAACCUGGUGUGAGCAGCAAAAAGUUUGAUGAUCGGCCCAAAGGAAAGCAUGCCUCGGCUGUUGCCUCCAAAGAGGACUCGUGGACCCUAUUUAAACCACCCCCAGUUUUUCCAGUGGACAAUAGCAGUGCUAAAAUCGUUCCUAAAAUAAGUUAUGCAAGCAAAGUUAAGGAAAACCUCAACAAAACUAUACAGAACUCUGUGUCACCAUCUUCAUCCUCAUCCUCUUCAUCAUCUACUGGAGAAACUCAGACACAAUCUUCAAGUCGGUUAUCCCAGGUUCCUAUGUCAGCACUGAAAUCUGUUACUUCUGCCAGCUUUUCUAACGGGCCUGUCUUAGCGGGGACUGAUGCAAAUGUGUAUCCUCCAGGGGGUCAGCCACUGCUAACUACUGCUGCUAAUACUUUAACACCCAUCUCUUCUGGGACUGAUUCAGUUCUCCAGGACGUGAGUCUAACUUCAGCAGCUGUUGAACAAAUAAAGUCUAGCCUUUUUAUUUAUCCUUCAAAUAUGCAAACUGUGCUUUUAAGCACAGCACAAGUGGAUCUGCCCUCUCAGACCGAUCAGCAAAACCUGGGGGAUAUCUUCCAGAAUCAGUGGGGUUUAUCAUUUAUAAAUGAGCCCAGUGCUGGCCCUGAGACUGUUAUUGGGAAGUCAUCAGAUCAUAAAGUGGUGGAGGUGACAUUUCAAGGAGAAUAUCCUGCCACUUUGGUUUCACAGGGUGCUGAAAUAAUCCCCUCAGGAACUGAGCAUCCUGUGUUUCCCAAGGCUUAUGAGCUGGAGAAACGGACUAGUCCUCAAGUUCUGAGUAACAUUCUAAAAUCUGGGACUACUAAUGAGAGUGGAGCCUUAUCCUUGGAACCCAGUCAUAUAGGUGACCUGCAAAAAGCAGACACCAGUAGUCAAGGUGCUUUAGUGUUUCUCUCAAAGGACUACGAGAUAGAAAAUCAAAAUCCUCUGGCCUCUCCUACGAACACUUUGUUGGGCUCCGCCAAAGAACAGAGAUACCAGAGAGGCCUAGAAAGGAAUGAUAGCUGGGGUUCUUUUGACCUGAGGGCUGCUAUUGUAUAUCACACUAAAGAAAUGGAAUCUAUUUGGAAUUUGCAGAAGCAAGAUCCCAAAAGGAUAAUCACUUACAAUGAAGCCAUGGAUAGUCCAGAUCAAUGAAGGACCUGACUGCCUAAUUGUAACCUUUCUGCAGCAUUAGAGCCACCGUUCAUGGGGGACACAAGGCUUUUAUGCUCCUAGAUCUUCAACGCAGCAGAGGAACCAUAAGUAGAAUCACAGGAUAAUAUAUACAAAUAUAUAUAUAUACAUAUAUAUAUAUAUAGUUAUUUAAAAAAGGCAACUGAAAGUAAUUAGACUUCUUAAGGAAUCAAAUUUAUUUCAAGAGACUUCACAUGGUUAUUUAAUCUCCGGUACUGAAUAGUUUUGUUUGUUUUUUUUUUUUUUCCUUUGUUAGUUUUUGUUUUUAAGUGUGAAUGCAAGUGAUUAAUGAUGAAUACAGACUAAACAAGCGUGGUUCUGAAGUUCCUGCUGUCAUCAACUUGGGCAACAAAUGACCCACUGGAAAGGCAAAUCCACUUAAGAUCUUUGUAUGUUGUUCUGUGACUAAAGUGAUACACUAAUCACGGGGAACCCAGAAUGAUUCAACAUUUUCCCCUACUCCUCCCUUGAUCUUUUGCUUUUACUUUAAGCCCUGCAAGAAUGCUGGAUAAAUGCCUUGAAGUUUGCAGGGUUUUUGGGGGUUUGUUUGUUUGUUGUUUUUGUUUUUUGUUUUUUUGUUUUUUGUUUUAGCAUGUCUUGCCAGGAGUUAAGCAGCCUCUGUGGGGUGUUGGGGGGGGGGGCGGAAUAUUUUCUUUCUUUUUUUAUUUUUUUUUUUUAUUUUUCUUAUGGGGUGGGAAAAAGGGAGGGCAUUAAAGUUCUACAGUUCUGGAAUAGUUGGUGGGUACAUAGUUAACUUGGCUUGAUUACAUGUUGGACUUAAAACAACUGAGGAAUCCAUGAUUGUCAUUUAUAGAAAAGUUGCAGAACAAGCAAUUGGCUUAGAUACAGAAAAAACAAUUCCUUUGUCCAAAUUUAAUGUAAUUGUACAACUGGGAGCAAAAAUAUAUUCUGCUUUUCAACUGUAGGUGCUCCAGACUUGCUCUCUGUCACUAACACUAAAUGUGCUGUUUUCCUUGUUUUUCAUCAGACAUACAAGAGAAACUUCUGUAUCUUUUAAUUUCUCAGCAAAGUCUAAAGGGGGGAGGCAGCCCAUGAAAACUAAAACUUCAUGUUUUUAGCGAGUGAAGAGGUGAUAGAACCCUGCCUGUAGGUGGUGUACAAACUAAGCUUAUUAGCUUCUAAUUAUAUCUUAAUAAAUAUAUUUUAUUAUUAGAGCAAAAUGGGUUUUUUUAAGGAAAAUAAUGUGAAAUUCUCGAAAUUAUCUUUUGGGCAGAGAAGAGCAUUAGCCCUGUCUUACCAUCACAUUGCCAUCCUGUUGCACUGCAGCUUGUGUAUAGCAUGCUAAAAAAGAGUGUGUGUGUGCAGAAACUAAGGGUCCAAUUUAAGUUGGGUGAUGUUAGUGGCAUAAUAACAAGUUCUCUGGCCUGACAGCAUCACAUCACACACACAGAGAAAUUAGUAUAUCCAUGUAUGUCAAAUACAGAGUAAAGUAGCAGGGCAUUUAUUUAAAGAGUUGUUGUCUUCUAAUAAAAGUAGACCGGAUCCCCUGGGGGUAUUUGGGGGAGAAAGUAACUACUUUUGCUCUACCCCUUUGCCUAAGAAAUGUCCAGUUGUAAGCGACUGUAGUAUGGAUGGGUUUUCUUGUUCUGUUGAUUAUUUGAGACUUCUAACAAGUAGUUCAUGAAAGAAGCUGUUGGACUCAAUAUAGAAUAGAGAAAAUAUCUUUAGUCUGGAUUUCUGCCCUGCUUAGAUUUUUUUUAAGAGUAUAAGCAUGGAUUGCCAAUUCCACUUGAUGUAAACAAAACUUUUUAUACAUAAUAUAUAUAUAUAAUAACUUAUUGUAUCAGUCCAGGUUCAGAAACUUGUGGUAGGCCAGUUCCAGAUAGUUUCAUUUCACCUGUAAACUGUAUCACUUUUACUGAUAAUUGUAAUUUUCAAAUGUAUAAUAUGUUUACAGAUGUGCCCUGCAUUUAGUCUGCCUUGUUCUUUUGAUUUUUGUUGAGUCUCCUGCCUGCUUGCCAAAAGCUAGGAUGCUUCAGGCCCAUGUACAAUUGAAAGCAGAGGCAUCCUUGAGCUUUAAAGCAUUGAACAAACUGGAAAAUGCAACAUACCACAUACUGAAGUGAAAAGUCUGUGUUUGUGUUUUUAAAUAAAAAUUUUUAAAAAGUUUUAAAAAAAUAUAUAAGGUUGAUUAAAGAAAAAAAAAAAAAGGCUCCAGUUUGUUUUACAGGUUUUAAAGUUCUGCUGUGUGUUCAAUUGCCUUGUGUAACCACUUGUCGCCUUAGGGCCAGAUCCCCAACCCUCCACCUCCUUUUUUAAAAUGUCCAUUUUGCUUGCCUGGAAUCUUAAGGUUCUUGUCUCACAACUCACAUGAAACUUUCUGGGUUUGUGACAUAUAACAGAAAUUGAAUGACUAUAUAUUUAAAAAAAUCCAGCCCUCAUCUGAAUUGGGCUUUUUAACUUAGAAGCAACACUUAAAUAUCUUUAAGGCUGUCUUUUCUAAUUCCCUUCCAUAUCCACAUCCCUCAGGCCUCCAUGUUCAGAGAAGCCAAAAAGAAUGUAUCCCUUUCUCUCUUUGUCCAAAGGUUUUGAGAGUCUCACUUCUAAAUGAAACAAUGCAACAUUUCACUUUGAUUUCUCCACUGAAAUUUCCUUGAUUAUAUGGUUAGAGGUAUGCAGUAGUUAGGAAUGUCUGUUAACUUUCUGGGAACCCUACUUGCCCCGUCAUAUUAAGUGUCAGUAUUUUCUGGGCAUUGGGUUAAUGGACUUAAUUGCCUAGGUUCAAGCAGGACUUUGGGACAAAUCUCCGUUGUGCUGUUUGGUAACACUUUUAACUCUACUUGUCGCAAUCUUUCUCCUUAGGUCCUCACACAAUUCCUUACAGAGCACUUAUUAAAAAAUCUUAAGAGCUGAUCUGUUUUCUGAUUAUUUUUGUGUAAGCUUCUAAACAAACUUCAGCUGUGAUUAAUUUAGCGCAUUUAAAUAACGUUGAUGUGUUACUGUUUGGUAUAAUGAAUUUUCCUUCAACUCAGAGUAUUAGUACUGUAGCAUAAACCAAAUACAGUCUAGAGGGAAUAUUUAACAUCCCUCCAUUAUAAAGACUGAAAAAGGAGUGUGUGUGUGUGUGUGUAUGUAUGUAUGUAUGUAUAUGUGUGUUGAGUGCUUGUAUGUGAGGAAAAGAUGGAGAUGUUAAAAAUUAGUAAAUGAAUAUGUGUAAGAUGUUAUAUUAGUAUUCAGAGAAUGAAACUUGUAUUUAUUUUGUGCCAUUGGUUUUCAUUACACAGAAAAAAGUCAGGUGGUUUAAAUUCUUAAAAGGAUAGUAUUUGAAAAAUGGCACUAAGAAUGAAAUCAUGACCUAUUUUUUUAAUAGCUAUGAAGAUGCUAAUUAUUGAUGAAGAUUUGUUUUUAAAUUUGUCUUGAUUGUAGGCGUCUGUGUCACAUACCACUCAUGUAGAUGUCUUGAAUAAUCUCCCUUCCCCACAAAAGACAGGGUGUAUUUAUCUUUUUAUUCACUCCCACUUUGCUGAUCUGAAGUUAAUUGCAUAGUCUUUCCUGUAACCUCCUUAGUAAUGAACCUGCACAUGAAGUGUAUUUACAGAAACUGUAGUAGUAGCCCUUCUUCCUCUACUUUCUAGGAGGGGAUCGCCAGUAACUAGAUAUUAUGUUAAUGACAGCUUUUUUUUCCUUCUUGAAAUAAAUGGCUGGAGUUUGUCUCCAUUUUAGAAUUUUGCUGUCCUCUUUAAUUAAUCUGCUUACAUAGUCAUUACUCAGAACCUGCAAAAAUUAUAUACAGGAAGAAAAGUGCUACAUUGUUUUUUCAAAUAACAGUUUUUAGUGGAAAUAUGACAAACCUCAACUAUGGAAAUUGUCCAUAAUACAAAAUGUGUUCCUUCACAAAAUAUUAUAUAGCAGUGGUAGUUUCAUACUUGGUUGUUAGGCUUGUUGCUAACCCACAUCAGAAGCAUCUAAUGGUUUAUCUUUUGUAAUGCUGUAAACUUAGAAACACAAAAAAGCCAUUUAGUGUGAAAUUGUCCUGUACCGAAUGACCACAGGCAAGGAAAUCAGAAGAGGACUUCACUCAAUUUUAAAUUCCACUAAAUAAGAAAGGAGCCACUUUUGAAAAGCUUUCUAAAGAGAAAUAGGAUAAAAGUCCAAUUGCAAAGAGUUGUGGAUAUGGUUAUGGCAAAUGGGCCAUGUCCUCAAAUAAAGGAUGAUCCCUCUUGUAUGCUUUGGCUGACUGCAUAGAACAAAAAUACAGAAUAGGGGGCAGAUACAUAGAUGACCAACAGUAGUUUUUAUGAUCAGGUCUAUUGAUGUUCUGUCAGUAAAGAAUCUCCCAAUUCUAAUAGGGCAGUUCUACCCAUAACUUUGCUGUUUUUGAAGGAAAGAGGGUAGGAUUUGUUUAUCUCCCUUCCUCCCAGUUAACUUGUUAAAAAGGCAUGGGUGGAGGACCAGACUAGAAAUGUGAGUAGCUUCUCUUACGUUUGCCAGAAGCACAGAUUAGAAUUAGUUCUUAACAUUGAUAUGUUUAUUAAUGUAAUUGACAGAGCACCAGUAUUUUAUGGUGAAAAUGAUGGACUUUUGCUUUGGGUAUCCUAAAAUAUUUUUUAAGAUGAUACAUUCUGAUAUGUGAGAACCAGGAAUGCCCCGGGUUGGUUUAAAGAAUGGUAAAUCAUCGGCUCCACUCAAAAACACUGCUUUACAGGGUUUUAAAUUAAAUUUCACAACAUUUUGCUGCUCAAGAAAGGUCUUAAGUAGUUAAAGGAUGCUGGCAAUAGUAUGAAUAUAGUUUUAAGUUAACUGUAUAAUACCCAGGAUGGUGUAUUGUUUUUACAUUGCUGGGAGUGUCAAUAGCAAUUAGAGGCUAGAAACUAUGGAACAGCCAUCCUCAAAGGUGAUGGAAUUAUUGAUUCAGGCUUCACUAUUCAUAGUUUUGUUAUGUCCAGAGUUCUAAAGCCAUUUUAUAAUACUGCAGUAUCCCUUUUCUAUAGCCUUACUAAAAUUACAAACUACAUUAUUAAAGUUAAGAACAUUUUCCAGUUCAGUUUCACUUCCGCUGUAUAUAAAAGUGUACUCUGCAGACCCACAAACCAACUUGAGGUAAUUUGUAUAGCUUUCCUUACACCCUUUUUUCCUCAGGUGCUAAUAAAUAAAGGCUCCAAAAAUGGAUACUGCUCUAGUAACAUUUGCUUUAUUAAAUGCAUAUUUCUUUUGGUAGAUGUAAAGAUUUGGUAUUAACAAGAUGGUUUUAAUAUGUAAAUUUGAAUGAAUGCCUUUAGUUUUCCUGUUUGUCUAUUAUUAGUGUGUUUUCAUUUAUGCUUUAUAGAGAGGAGGAUCCUUUCAUGAUCUCAAGUACAUUUCAUUAGGUAUGGUUGUGUUUUUAGAGUGAAAAUACAACUGUUUUCUGUCUUAGAUUAAUUCUGCUGCUAUGAGAAACUGAAAAUCAAGAAUGUGAUGCACUUUUUACAUUUCUAUAUACCAUACAUAUACAUAUACCAUAGGUUGCUUUGACACCUUUCCUAUAGCACAGCCACUAAUAAAGAUGAAUGAAUUAUAUAAUUCUCUUUGGGAGGGAAUCAGUACAGAUAACUAAUCCAUAGUUGGUAUUGGCCAGUGAAGGACAGACAGUAAAUUUAAAGAAAUAAAAAUACUAUUAACAUUUCACUUUUUGGCCUUAAAAUGCUCUACUACUGAAAAUAUUUUAAGCUUUGUCUAUUACUCCAUCUCUGCCUCAGAAAGAGGAAUUGGGUAGAAUGACUUAAAGGAAGUGUCAUUGGUUUGUUGCUGAUCAUUUAGGAAGAAAACAGUUGUCUACUGUAUAAGCUGGGGACUUCCUUUUUGUAUAUGGAGGAGAAAUAAUGCUGUCCUGAUCCAGUCAGACUUAGCUUAAUCAAAUUCAUCACAACUCCCAACUAAUUCUGCUUCUCUAGUAUAUUUUUCUUAGCAAAGAUAAGUAGAGUAGGAGUGCUGCCUGACGAGGAAAAGUCAUUUCUCUAGCACAUACUCAAAUUUGAAGGAGAUGGAACCCAAAAUAAUGGGGGGGAACACCAAAUGAGUUGGAGGUAUAAGAGGAAGAGUGUGGUCCAAAGUUAUCUGGUUAUAUUUUGAUGUUGCCAAUAUUGUAAAGCCAAAAUUUUAAUUUGCUUAUUUAAUAUAUUUGUUGGCCAGAGAUCUAUUUUUAUAUCAAUGUGCCUUGCAUGUAUAUUAAAAUUUUUUGGAAAGGCCAUGUAGUAAUGCCUGAGAUAGUUGAUGGUUCUUACCACUCACUGACCUUUAUGCAGUAUGAAAUGCUCAUUCUAUUGCCCAACUGGUGCUCUCUGUUUAAAGUUAUAGACCUUGUCAAACUGGAACUAUUUUAUAAACUGGGGAAGUGAAUUUUUUUGUUGUUUCUUUUUUGUUUUUAGUCUGUUAGUGGCUGUUCUGUAGUGGGAAAUAGUAAAAGGAUUUUUUGCUCUCUUUCCUUCCCCCCUCAGCACCUUCAAGUAAUGUGAUGACACCAUUUCUUGUGUGCUAUGAAAAAGGUAUCAGCUUGCUGUCUCCUUUAGUGUUAUUUAAAAAAAAAAGAAAAAAGAAAAAAAAAGUGUUAUAAGAAGCAUUGUUUGCAAAAUCUAGGAAGAUAAUGAAGUCCACUCUAAUCUGGAAUUCUAUAUGAGCUAUGAAUGAACCAAGUUACCGGCUUUCCAACUUUAAAUUUUCUAUUGUUAAAGCACCUUGCUUAGAAAAUUUUAAAUAUUUAUGUCUGCAACAACUGUCUCAAAAUAAUAAACUGUGCAAUUCUUGUCAUUAAAAAAAAAUCUGAACUCUCCCUACUGUGACUUGUUAGUUUCUCUGUAUUUUCUGCCAGUGUAAAUGUGAAAAGCUUUGCUUGCAUUACGUUUUAGAAAUGCAUUUUGCACACUCGAAUUUUGCCGAAGCUCCGUGAAAAGGUUAGCUCUAAGUAGAUGAAUAAAGCUAUGCACAUGUUUUGAAAGUUUUAAUUGUGUGUCAUUACCAAAAGUGACUUAUCUGUCCUUAUCUUGCUGUUAGCUUUACCAUCUUUGGAAACAUGACAAAGUCACAGUUCUGAGAUAGCUCAUCACUGGAACUAGAAGAGAGCUAAAAUGGCACCUAUUUUAAUAAAGUUCAGUUUAAAUAAGAACUUGACUUGUAUCUGUUUAAGGGCUCUUCUUGAAACAGGGCUGUUUGAUCAGCUUUACAAACCAUUGGAUGCUCUUCCUCAGUGAAAUUUGUGUUUGAUGAAAUAGAAAUAGGAAAUAGUUCAAACUGAAAUGAAGGAAGGACCUUUGCCACACAGAACUCUGAAUUUUGUCUUAAUCCUAGGAUAGCAUUUUUAUCUUUAUUGCUUUAGCAUAAACUUAGCAUACUGAAUGGUUGCUUUGAGAUUAAAAUCAUUUAAAAAUCAAAGCACAGGUUUUGAAGAUAAUGUGUACCUUUAUAAAAACUACCCAUGCUGACUAGAACAAGUUUGGACAUUGGGCACAUUUGCUUCAAUUGCUGCAACCUGCAUGUACUAAACCGCUUUAUUUCACAUGUAUGUGUAACUUGAUUGUGUAGAUGUACUGGCAGGUUUUGCCAAUUUUUUUAAAGAUUUUUUAAGCUAUCUUUUCAUGACCUUUGUAGGAUAAUUUUUAAGUAGAAGAUACUACUCAUGACAUUUCCCCAUGCUCCUACAUAUAAUAAAUUUUCCAUUUUAUACUUUUCAUAUGUAUAGAAGAGGGUUGCUUCUCUGUCAUCAAGUGUGUUCCUGAUGUAUAUUGUUGACUUUGAAAACAUGGCAAAACUUUCUGUAUCUCUGUUGAUAGUGGCAGUUAAAAACUCAGUCUACUAGUCAAGACUUGAAAGAUGGUCCAUUACCCAUUUUAAGCAGGAGUGUAGCAAGCAUCAUCUUAGCGUUUGGCUGUGCUUGAACAUCUGUCAGUAGUUCAUUUACAUUCAGUCUUAGAACAUAACAUGUUGGAGGAGAAAAGUAAUUUCUGUGUCUUGUGCACAUAGGGAUUUAGCCAAGUUACCUCUUAAUUUAGGGGGAAGGAUAAUUAGUGGGCUACAGUUAUGUUAGAGGAUGUUUCCCUUCCCUUCCCAAAAAGUGUAAAUGUUUGUUUUGCCCAGUUUAAAAAAAAAUUAGGUCUUUUCUAGAUGUAAGAACAAUGGCCAGGAAUUUACCCUUUUGUUAAAUGCUUAGGUCUUUGCUAUAGCUUUUUCUGAUGUCAUGGAUUCUGAGGAAGUGUCAGUUACAUGAUGAUCUUCCUUUAUUGAUGUCUUCAUGUUCGGUGUUUUAAAAAUAUAAAUUAAAACAAUACCCAGAUUUAAUUAUUUUAUCAGGAAAAAAAAAACCUUGAGAAAUUUGUAGCUCAAAUUAAGAAACAAUAAGUGUACAUUGUUGAAUAAAAAGUUUUAAAGUU